AUGAAAGAGGACAAUUUUGACCGACGAAAAUCACACAAGUAUCGUGACAAUAAAUCACCUGAACGACAACACCGAAGACACAAUUCAAAUUCUGAUGAUGAUCGUAGAAAAAGACCAAGGCAUGAUCGAAGAGAUAACUCGAGACAUCCAAGCAGCAAUUUAGAUUCUGAUCACCAAUGGGGGGGCACUAAAAACUCGUCUAGUGAUAAGAAACCGGUAGUAAAAAAAGAAGAACCAAAUUUUGAAACUACUGGCAAAUUGGCAGAGGAUACAAAUACUUUUAAUGGCGUUGUUAUAAAGUAUAGUGAGCCAGCAGAGGCGAGAAAACCUAAACGACGUUGGCGAUUAUACCCAUUUAAAGGAGAAAAACAAUUACCUGUAUUACACAUACACAGACAAAGUGGGUAUUUACUUGGACGUGAUCGCAAGGUGGCAGACAUACCAAUAGAUCAUCCAUCGUGUUCAAAGCAGCAUGCAGCUCUUCAAUACAGGUUAAUUUCAGCCAAAAAAGAUGGGCGUCACGUCAGAUGUAUUCGGCCAUAUAUUAUUGAUUUAGAAUCAGCUAAUGGCACAUAUGUUAAUAACCAGCGUAUAGAUUCUAAAAAAUAUGUGGAAUUGAUGGAGAAAGACGUCAUAAAGUUUGGGUUCAGCUCUAGGGAGUAUGUGCUUUUACAUGAACAUAGCACGGAUUCUGGAGAUGAUGAUAGUCUUGCUGAAGACAAUCCAAAUGAGGAAUCCAAUGCAGAUUGA